AUGGCAGCCUUUGGCGUUGACGCAGCAUUCAGCUAUAAAUAUAAUCAACAACAAGGAGUUUGUGAUAAAGAUGGUCUUGCUAUGUGUCCUGGAUUCACUACAACUCAUGUGAUUCCGUUUGUAGAUGGAGAGCCUAUUUAUAAAGGAUGCUGCCGUACUAAUAUUGGUGGAUUCCAUGUGACUGAUUAUUUAAAGCAACUUCUUUCACUUAAAUAUCCUUAUCAUAUGUCUAGAUUUACAUGGGAAAAGGUUGAAGACCUGAAAAUGGAACACUGUUAUAUUGCACUGGACUAUGCUUCUGAAGCUCGGUUGUUUCAGAAAGGUGCUAAGGAGGCUGAAGAGAAAGCCAGAUGUUGGCAGCUCCCUUGGGUUCCACCCCCAACUGAGGAGCCUCCUUCUGAGGAAGAGAUUGCUAGAAAGGCAGCAAUAAGAGAGAAACAAGGUCAAAGGUUACGAGAAAUGGCCGAGGCAAAGAGGUCAUCUAGAAUAAACGAAUUGGAAAAUGAAUUGCAUGGUUUGGAAUUUCUUUUAAAACAGCUUGAACAAGUUGAAGAUAGUGAAAUUCCAUCUUUCCUAGCAGAGACUGGUUAUGUCUCUAGGCAGGAGAUAGAAUCUGCCCGCAUUAAAGUUAUGCAAUCCUUAAGGAAAGCAAAAGGUGAACCAAAGAAUGAUCAAGCUGAAACUGAAAAGGCCAGCCCUAAUGCUAGUGAGAAGUAUUCUCUUAUAAACAUCCCUGAUGACAUCCUCACCCCAGACCAGCUUGUUGAAAAGAAGAAACAGUUGUCACUGAAAUCCAUGUCUGAAGGGCGGCAGCGAUUAAAGCAGAGGCGUUAUGAAGAGGAAUUGGAGCGAGAAAGGAAACAGCAGCUAGAGGAGGAGAGACGCCUGUAUGUUUCAUGCUUUAGUUUAUCCAGUUUAACUACAAUUAGAUUGCUUCAUAUUUAUGCAAGUUGAAGAGCUUAUAAUCAUUUCUACCUGGUAAAAUGGAAAAAAGAAAAAUUGAGAGCAAGAACAUUCUCUCUGUCUAGUUUAAGGUUACUAAAUGCCUGAGCACUGAACAAGGUAGAGAAGGGAAUACUGUACUACCUACCUUAGCUAA